AUGUCUAUUCCGGCUUCGAAACCGAAGCUGCCCGUGGUCGUUGAGAAGCCCACGCCGUACACCUUUGACCUGGGCUACCUCCUCGCCUCGGACCCCAACAGCAUCACGCUCGACCCUACCUCGCUCGAGUCCUCCCUCGCCGCCGUCGCCCGCGACGGCGCGCAGUCCCUCAUCAACCAGCUGCUCACGACCUGCGCGCCAAGCUCCACGCGCGACGGCGUGCUCCUCUCGCUGCCUGCCCCGUCCACGCGGCUCCCGCGCGAGAAGCCGCUGCCCGCCGCCCGCCCGCCGACCAAGUGGGAGCGGUUCGCGGCCAAGAAGGGCAUCGCGCCCAAGACGCGCGAGCAGCGCCGCAACCUCGCGUACGACGAGGCGACGGGCGAGUGGACGCGCAAGUGGGGGUACAAGGGGCUCAACAAAAAGGGCGAGGACGACUGGGUCGUCGAGGUCGAUCCCGAGGCCGAGGCCAAGCGCGCAGAGGGGACGAGCAUCCGCGGGGACGGCCGCCGCGAGCGCAAGGAGAGGGUGCGCCGCAACGACCGCAAGAUGCGCAAGAAUAUGCGCGACGCGGCCGAGAGCGCCAAGCUCAAAAAGUAA